CCAAACAGAAGUUUAUAAUUAUAGAAAGUAAUUAUUAGUGAGAAAAACAUCUGUGGAAGACAGGAAUAUAGAUCGGUAAACAUUUUCCUCAGAUUUUCUCUCCCACCAAUUUGAAUCACAGAGAUAAAUUUAGUCUUCAGUUAUUGUAAACGUAUUGAAUCUGCGUAUGGAUAGAUGGGCGUAGAUCUUAUUGGGAUCGGAGAGUUUUAGGGUUCGUGUUAUGCUGGAUGAGUUGUGAUUGGUUGGUUGAUCGGAUCUUGUAUUUUCCCUCCUGAAUCGGCGUGUAACUUUAUCUGCAUGAACGUUGAAACAGCCCGUGUGGGAUUGUUGUUGUGAAGGUCUUGCGGUGGUGGAAUACCCAAAACAUGUCUGCCAUAGUGUGCGGCAAGAGAUCAAGCAUCUUCGAGGAUUUGCCUUCAUCAUCGCCGUCGUCAGCAGCAUCUCCGUCGCCCCCUCCGAGCGCGAAAAGAAUCCGCUGUUCGUCUUCUUUCUCUCCGCCGAGAUCCGCCGCCGGUUCAUUCUCGGUUUCAUCGCCUCUUGGUUAUUUGAUUGGUCGCUUCCCUAACAUGGACAAAGAGUUGCUAGAAAAGGCACUUCAUGAAUGUGGACAUGAUCUUGAUUCGACUAUUAAGAGCCUCAAUGAACUCUUUUUGGGAUCUGGUGAGAAUAUUACCUCAGCUACAGGAAAGCCUGAUGCUACACUGGAGGCUAGCUCACAUGUUUUAAAUCAAGGCUCAACAGGUAGUGGGGAUGUUUCACCUCAUGAGCAACCCUCAGCAAAUAAUCAACCCCCUGUUAAUAGGGAAGAAUUUGUUGACAUUUUUGUCAGAGAAAUGAUGGUUGCAUCUGAUAUAGAAGAUGCUAAAGCCCGUGCUUCAAGGGCCCUCGAGGUUUUUGAGAAGUCCAUUUGUUCACAUGCUUCAGAAGCCGCCACCCGGAGUUUCCAGCAGGAGAACAUGGUGCUGAGACAACAGCUUGAAACUCUACUACACGAGAAUAGUAUUCUGAAACGAGCGGUUUCCAUACAGCAUGAUCGCCAGAAAGAAUUUGAUGAAAGAGGCAGAGAAGUUAACCAUUUAAAGCAGCUCUUAGCUCAAUACCAAGAGCAGCUUAGAACUCUCGAGGUUAACAACUACGCACUUGCAAUGCAUCUCAAGCAGGCACAACAAAGUAACUCCAUCCCGGGACGUUUCAACCCUGAUAUCUUUUAGUAUAAGCUUGAUGCCCGUUUGGCCAUCGCAAGCAGCGUAUACCAAUUGUGUAUUUUCUUAAAUGAUAUAUUGAAAUAUGUUAGACUGAUUUAAUCAAUAUAUUGAAAUAUAUUAUUGUGUGGCAAUACUGAACAGUCUGAACUCAAAUAUGAUUGCUUGUGCUUCGCCUUUUAGUGGAUUUUUGUUUUUGCUCAAUGCAAACGAUUUCUUACUAAUUAGCAUCUGUAAACACUACACUACUUUUCUGGUUUUUAAUGUAGCUCCUUUCUUAUAUUA